AUGCCAAGGGGUCUCCAGGAAUUACGAGCUCAUUUUGAAAGACCUGAUACUACUAUUCAGCUCCUCUCGCGUCUUAUUGUAAGCAAGGUACAUGAAACCAUGCAUAUUGUGUUCGUGCAAACUCACGAUCAGACUCGUGUACACAGCCAACGUCUCCUUGCCUCAGGGAGCUGCGUGGGUCCGGAAGCAGGGAGUCUGGAGGGCCUCCAAAAGUGGAGUCGGUGA